AUGUACCUGCGUCAGGGUUCAAAGAAGGGCGCCAAUAAAUCAGCAAGCUUCCCGUCUCUGUUCUCAGGUACGGCAGACGUCAACAACUCGGGACAAAAGCGCACACGUCAGACGUACACGCGCUACCAGACCCUCGAGCUGGAAAAGGAAUUCCACUUCCACCGCUACCUCACCCGCAAGCGACGCAUCGAGAUCGCCCACACGCUCAACCUGUCCGAGCGCCAGAUCAAAAUAUGGUUCCAGAAUCGGCGGAUGAAGGCCAAAAAGGAUAUAAAACCGGAUCACAACUUGUCAUCGGAUCAUCCGCACGCGAACGAGCUCGAGGACCUACCGAUCGACAUGGCCCACCAGCCACCGAGUCUCGAGACGACCCUCAUGAUCAAGAGCACGACCAUGAUGCUCCAGACCAACCAGCGCCCACCCAUGACCCACCAACAACAACCGCACCAGAUGGCCCCUGGCAUGGUGGACCAACAGAGCUGCCAUCUACAGCAGCAACAACAGCAGCAACAUAUGCACGCCGCUGCCUACAUGAACUACAUGCAGCACCACCCUCAGCAGCACCCGAGCCUGCAGCACCAGCAAGGCUAUCCGAACGCGGGGGACUAUCAUCGGGCAUCGGGGUACAUGCAGCACACGAGCAAACUCGUGGGCCUUGCGGACUCGUCGUGA